UUACUACAUUAGCACAUACACUCCUCUCAAGACCCUUAUUAGAGCCUUUAGCCAUUUUGAAAAUGGCUUCCGCCACCACCAUGGCCUCACUCUCCCUUUUCCUCUUCAUCCUUCUGCAAACAACUAGCAGCAGCAAAGCAGCCGUCCAGUCUCCGACGUCAUUUGCUUGCAACCCGAACGACGCAAGCACCAAGAACUUGCCGUUUUGCCGCGUAAAGUUACCGAUACAUGUGAGAGUGAGGGACCUGAUCGGAAGGCUGACGCUGCAAGAGAAGGUGAAGCUGCUGGUGAACAGUGCCAAGGCCGUGCCACGCCUUGGGAUCAAAGACUAUGAGUGGUGGUCGGAGGCACUUCAUGGAGUCUCAAAUGUGGGUCCUGGAACCAAGUUUGGCGGGGAGUUUCCGGGAGCAACCAGCUUUCCUCAGGUCAUCACCACCGCUGCUUCCUUCAAUGCUUCUCUGUGGGAAGCUAUCGGACGGGUUGUGUCAGACGAAGCAAGAGCCAUGUAUAAUGGAGGUAUGGGCGGCCUCACGUAUUGGAGUCCAAAUGUGAACGUACUCAGAGACCCGAGAUGGGGCCGUGGGCAGGAAACUCCCGGUGAAGAUCCGGUGGUUGUCGGAGCUUAUGCUGCCAGCUACGUCAGGGGUUUACAGGGUAAUGGCGGCGGAGGCCACUCGUUGAAGGUGGCUGCUUGCUGUAAACACUUCACGGCUUACGACCUUGAUAAUUGGCAUGGAGUUGAUCGGUUUCACUUCAACGCUAGGGUUAGCAAGCAAGACAUGGAGGACACAUUCGACGUUCCUUUCAGAAUGUGCGUCAAAGAAGGUAAGGUGGCGAGUGUUAUGUGCUCUUACAAUCAGGUCAAUGGUGUCCCAACCUGUGCAGAUCCUAAUCUCCUCAAGAAAACUGUACGUGCUCAAUGGGGGCUUGAUGGCUACAUUGUCUCUGAUUGCGACUCAGUGGGGGUUUUCUAUGACAACCAACACUACACAUCUACCCCAGAAGAAGCUGCUGCUGCCGCCCUCAAAGCAGGUCUGGAUUUAGACUGUGGCCCAUUCCUGGGGUUGCACACUGAAGAUGCAGUGAAGAAGGGUUUGUUGAGUGAGGUUGAUCAUAUCGAUCUUGCAUUGGCUAAUACACUCACAGUCCAAAUGAGACUGGGAAUGUUUGAUGGAUCCGCUCACCCGUAUGCUAAUUUGGGUCCGAGGGAUGUCUGCACCCCAGCUCACCAGCAACUUGCUCUUGAUGCUGCCACCCAAGGCAUUGUACUUCUCAAGAACCGUGGCACCUCACUGCCUUUAUCCACCCGCCGCCACCGUACUGUAGCCGUCAUUGGCCCCAACUCUGAUGCUACUGUUACUAUGAUUGGCAAUUACGCCGGUGUUGCUUGUGGGUACACAACACCUUUACAAGGAAUAGGGAAAUACACCAGGACAGUUCACCAGCAGGGUUGCGGCAAUGUAGCGUGCAACAACGACACAUUGUUUGGUGCAGCCAUUGAUGCAGCUCGUCAAGCCGAUGCAACCAUUUUAGUAAUGGGCCUCGACCAGUCCAUCGAGGCAGAAUUCAGAGACCGAAUCGGCCUACUUCUACCUGGACGACAACAAGAGCUCAUAUCUAGAGUUGCAUCAUCAUCUAAAGGCCCAACCAUUUUGGUCUUGAUGUCUGGCGGUCCAGUUGAUGUUACUUUUGCAAAGAAUGACCCACGUAUCGCCGGCAUUGUGUGGGCAGGAUACCCCGGACAAGCUGGUGGACAAGCCAUUGCUGAUAUUGUGUUUGGAAUAUCAAAUCCAGGUGGAAAGCUGCCUAUGACUUGGUACCCAGAUGAGUAUCUUAAAAAUUUGGAAAUGACAGACAUGGGAAUGAGGUCAAGGCCAUCAAAAGGGUACCCUGGAAGAACUUACAGAUUCUACAAAGGGCCAAUCGUAUAUCCGUUUGGCCAUGGAUUAGGUUACACUAAAUUUGUGCAAACCGUAGCAAACGCACCCACCGUAGUUGCAAUCCCUCUUGAUGGUCACCAUACUGAGACUAGUACCGGUGCCGGUAAUGGUACUAGUACUAAGCCAUUCAUAGCUGAGGGGAAGGCAAUUCGCGUGACACAUGCAAAAUGCAACAAGCUUUCAUUAGCUGUUGAUGUGAAUGUGAGAAAUGUUGGGAACAGAGAUGGCACUCAAACUUUGCUAGUCUACUCCAGCCCUCCGGCCACUGCCGGACACUGGGUGCCACACAAGCAAUUGAUUGCCUUUGAGAAAGUAUAUGUCCCGGCAAGGACUCAACAGCGAGUCCAAUUCAACAUUCAUGUGUGCAAGCACCUAAGUGUGGUGGACAGGUCUGGGAUUCGAAGAAUUCCAAUGGGGCGGCACGACCUUCACAUUGGUGAUCAUAUCGUCCACUCUUUCUCCAUCCAAGCUGCUUCACUGGGAUUAGGAGUCAUCAAAUCCUGAUUUAGUUACAUUCUUUAAGGACGAAUUCACAGUCAUAUUAGAGUGAAACAAUCGUCAACUUGAAUAAGGGAAUAAAAAAUAAAAUAAAAAUAUAUAGGAAGAAAAUUGCAAGCUCCGUCCAAGUCUCGGAUUGCAAAGUAAAGCAGGACAUGUCUCCGGAUGUCAGUGUAGAAGCUAUUUCAGGUCUUAAUUCUUUUGCUUUUGUUGGUUAAGUGAACAUCAUCAUGUUGUAUUGGACAAUGUUUUUACGUGCGUGGUUUGGAAAUUAAUAGAUACCAUCCGUCCAUGACAGGAGGUG